UUUUCCUUGGCCUUGUAAUCAUACAAAGCAACCUAAUGCUUUAGCGCUGCUUUUUUGCUCGAAAUUUUGGUGCGAGUAAGGCAGCACAUUAAGUUUCCUCUGAAUCUGCAGCCAUUUACGUGCAAAAUUGUAUCAGCAACAGAUUCCAGAGGUACUUAAUCAGCUGUCGAACACCGCGACAGCCUUUUCGCUAGCUAUACAAAUAUUAUGUAUGAAUAAUUUAUAGAAUAUUUUUACUCAAAUUUUCACAAUGAUCGAAGCGCUGUUGGGAAAAGCGUGGAGUGUCCUGACGGCGUAUCCCAUUCAUGCAGUAUGGAUUGCCUUGCUUUUGAUUGGCUGCGCGUGGUAUAUUUUUGUACGACAAAUGGUCACCGGUUUACCACCUGGUCCGCUGGCAAUUCCCAUAAUUGGGAAUGCCUGGCUUCUUAACGGAAACGGUAAAGAGAGCGUGCAGACGCGUUUGAUGCGGAUCGGAAAAAAAUACAAUGGAAUCUUCACCAUGUACAUAGGACGAUACCCAGUGAUAUGGCUGUCCUCGUACAAAACAUGCCACGAAGGUUUUGUGGCCAGCGGAUGGGACUGCGCCGGACGACCACCCGAGUUGCCAGUGCCGGGUUUGGAUCCGAGUGGCAAAGGCUUUCUCAACAUGGUCCACGCCGGCAUCAAUCCCGUCGAAUGCGAAGUGCGCGAUUUCGUCCGGCACAAACUGAAAGGUUUUGGAGUGCAGAUCAUGCAGAACCGGAUAAUUGAUGAAAUCAAUCAAAUGAUGAAAGAACUCGAAGCCACCGAGGGCACACCUUUCAAUCCAACGAAGAUAAUUGCCCAGACCAUUGCCAAUAUCACCCUCGGCACACUGUUGGGAAAGCGGUUCGAUUAUGAUGACGCGCAUAGCCACAGAAUGAUUGAAAUGUUCAGUGAGAGUGUGCGCUUACUCAUGCAAAUGACACUGGACGAUGCGUUUCCCAUUCUGAAACUGUUUCCGCGUACGUGUCGCAAAGAGGGCUACACGAAAUUUCGCUACUGUACGGAAUAUUUGAGAGACAUUGUUUACAAAAAUGUUGAAGUGUGGAAUAAGGGCUUCCCGACGAAUAUCAUGGAUGUUUGGAUGGAUCAGAAUGCCGCUGUCUCGGGAGAUAAGAAAGAGACCUUCGAUAUUGACCGCUUGCCGAUGAUCCUGGGACCGCUGUUUGUCGCCAGCUACGAUACGAGUACAAUGACACUCUCGUGGAUUUUUGCCGUAAUGCUGCAUAAACCAGAAGUACAGAAAAAAGUCCAGGACGAGAUCGAUUCGGCGAUCGCUUCAGGUGACAUAACAUUGGAACAUCAAGCACUGUUACCGUACACGGAAAGCGUGAUGCUGGAAGUAAUGCGCAUGUGGCCAGUGGCUCCCUUUGCCCUUCCGCACUACACAGAUGCAGAUGUGCCAGUAGGCGGUUACACGAUUCCAAAGGGUACUCGUGUAUAUCUGCAUUCCUUUGCGGUGCAUUACGACGAAACAGUAUGGAAAGAUCCCUAUGAAUUCCGCCCUGAACGGUUUAUCAACAAUGGAAAAGUGCACGUGCCUGACUGGUUUGUACCUUUCUCCAAAGGUCGCCGAAUGUGCAUGGGGGAUCAAAUUGCUAAAAAACAAGUUUUCGUUAUUUUUGCCAAUGUGAUGCAGAAGCUAACGCUGCUUCCAGCAACACCGGAAAAACUCCCUUCGCUGGAUUUCCAUACCAUUGGUUUUUUCAUGCUGCCGAAACCGUACGAAAUGAAAAUCAAGUUUCGACAUAGAAGCUGAAUGCGUUCAUGGUAUCUCAAAGACAUUAUAUGUUUCACAUUUUUUAAAAUUACAUUUGGCUUACUUAUAAUUAAUUGUGCCAUUACAUAAGUACUUCCUUCUAUAAAUAAAAAGAUAAAAAUAUUGUGCAACGACUGCUAAUUUGAUACGGGUUCAGUUAUCUACAUAUGUUCAUGCUUAUUUCCUUCCCAAAGAUGCUUGGUUGUGGGAUUUACUUGCUUUGUAAAUCUUACAAAGCCCCCAGUGGACCGUGUUAUAUUCAGCAAACUGUACGGUAAUGUACUGCUCUGUAACGGGUGCUCCUGUUGCCGAAUCACACCUGAAAAAUAACCUGCACUUGGUUCGAAAAAUAAACUGAAGAAUCUGAAAUACGCAAAAA